CCUGCACUUGCCCGCCAAUCGCCUCCCGUAGAGAUGCUGGGAGCCCGAGUGUGGCUGCUCUGCCGCCCGGGAAAGGGCUCUCCUCCCAGCACUGAGCACUUGGUCCUGGCAGACGCCCCAAGAUUGUUGUGAGGAGUCUAGCCAGUUGCUCUCCAGUGGCUCGGAGGACCCAGGCUCUCCCCUUGUCCUCUCCUCGCCUCGCUCGUCCCCCCUGGAAUAAAAGUAUCGGCGAGCCCCACAGGCCCAGAGGAGGCCGAAGUUCAGGAACUGCUCCGAGGGUCCCGCGCUGAGAGCUCUCCCUCUUUUCCCCCUUGCUUCUCCUGCCCACGCAUCUUGGACAUGCCAGGAUUAAAAAGGAUACUCACUGUGACCAUUCUGGCUCUCUGUCUUCCAAGUCCUGGGAAUGCACAGCAACAAUGCACUAACGGCUUUGACCUGGACCGCUCGUCAGGACAGUGUUUAGAUAUUGAUGAGUGCCGGACCAUCCCCGAGGCCUGCCGAGGAGACAUGAUGUGUGUUAACCAAAACGGCGGGUAUUUAUGCAUCCCCCGAACAAACCCAGUGUAUCGAGGGCCCUACUCGAACCCCUACUCCAACCCCUACUCAGGUCCGUACCCAGCAGCUGCACCCCCGCUGUCAGCUCCAAACUACCCCACGAUUUCGAGACCUCUCAUGUGUCGCCUUGGAUACCAGAUGGAUGAAGGCAACCAGUGUGUAGAUGUGGACGAGUGUGCAACGGAUUCCCACCAGUGCAACCCUACCCAGAUUUGCAUCAACACAGAAGGAGGGUAUACCUGCUCCUGCACUGACGGCUAUUGGCUGCUCGAAGGCCAGUGCUUAGACAUUGAUGAAUGUCGCUAUGGCUACUGCCAGCAGCUGUGUGCGAAUGUUCCUGGAUCUUAUUCCUGUACGUGCAACCCUGGUUUCACCCUCAACGAGGAUGGAAGGUCUUGCCAAGACGUGAACGAGUGUGCAACUGAGAACCCCUGCGUGCAGACCUGCGUCAACACCUAUGGCUCUUUCAUCUGCCGCUGCGACCCGGGAUAUGAACUUGAGGAUGAUGGAGUUCAUUGCAGUGAUAUGGACGAGUGCAGCUUCUCUGAGUUCCUCUGCCAACAUGAGUGUGUGAACCAGCCUGGCACGUACUUCUGCUCCUGCCCAGCUGGCUACAUCCUGCUGGAUGACAACCGAAGCUGCCAGGACAUCAACGAGUGUGAGCACAGAAACCACACGUGCAUCCUGCAGCAGACUUGCUACAACUUGCAAGGGGGCUUCAAGUGCAUUGACCCCAUCCGCUGCGAGGAGCCUUAUUUGCGGAUCAGCGAUAACCGCUGUAUGUGUCCCGCUGAGAAUCCUGGCUGCAGAGACCAGCCCUUCACCAUCUUGUACCGGGAUAUGGACGUGGUGUCUGGACGCUCUGUUCCUGCUGAUAUCUUCCAAAUGCAAGCAACGACCCGCUACCCUGGGGCUUAUUACAUUUUCCAGAUCAAGUCUGGGAAUGAGGGCAGAGAAUUCUAUAUGCGGCAAACAGGCCCCAUCAGUGCCACCCUGGUGAUGACACGCCCCAUCAAAGGGCCCCGGGACGUACAGCUGGACUUGGAAAUGAUCACUGUCAACACCGUCAUCAACUUCAGAGGCAGCUCCGUGAUCCGACUGCGGAUAUACGUGUCUCAGUACCCAUUCUGAGCCCUGGGCUGGAGCCUCUGACACUGCCUCUCAACAGCACCAAGGGACAGGAGAAGCGAAGAAACCAGAGAGAGAAUGAGAGCGAGAAAGACGUGACGCCCUUCCUGCUGAACGUCUCCUGGGGAGUCAGCCCCGAGUCCCGACCACGCCUGUAUUAUUAUAAACCCCGUCACUUUGAAGGACAUGCUUCCCCAGUUGCUAUGACACAGUUAUCAAAAAGCAUUAUCAUUGGCACCCUAACCUGAGAUCGAUGGUGAUUUUUCAAGGCCUUCAGUUUAUUUCCAUAUUUUUGAAAGAAAAUAGAUUAGGUUGGCUGGGGUCUGAGUCCACGUUCAAAAACUGUGAACCGCUUCCUCUCACCUCCUCCAGGCCUUCUUUCUAUCUCUCGCUGAUUGCUUCUUUGCCAAGGCCCAAAAUGCUCCUGGGGAUGCUGGGUGUAGCUAGCUUGCUUCUUGCAUGUACAGAGAAGGCUAUGGAAAGAAACCACAGCAGGAUCUAAGGGUUUUUAAAGAGUCUAUUUCAAAGCCAUGUCUGGUAUUUUCAGCCAUAAAAGAAGUUUUAGUUGUCCUUAAAUCUGUAUAACUGUUUAAUCUUUUCUUGUUCAUUUGAGUAUUUUUUUUUUUAAUCCGCGGUAGAAUUCCUUCAAAAGACCUUAAGGCACAUGUUAUGUUCUGUCUUCCCAAACCCAGUCUCCUCUCCAUUUUAGCCCAACGUUUUCUUUGAGGACCCCUUCAUCAUGCUUUUUUAAGAAUUUUUACACAACUGGGUUGGAAGGCAGAGGUCUCCAAACUGAUUAAAUAUUUGAAGAGA